AUGAUCCUCGCGCGAGGGCUCCACGGCGCGUCGAUCGGGACGAGACGAGGGGGGUGGGUGGGGGAAUUUUGGACGCGUCGAUCGGGGCGCGCGGGAGGUCGGGCGCGCGGUCGCGCGCGCGGACGAGGGGGGAUCGGUGAUGAUUCGCAAAGUGCUGACGCGGAUGAUGAUGAUGAUGACGACGACGACGACGACGACGACGACGACGUCCCGCGCGGGGUGGCGCUCACGGGCGAACAGCGUCGCAUCGCCGCGAUCGCGUUGGACGCGCUCUACGCGCGGGAGGCGGAGGAGGGGAUGGGGGACGAGCGCGAGCGGACGCGCGCGACGCGCCUGCGGAUGAUUCUGGGCGAGGCGGUGGCGCGCGCGAGACGGACGUGCGAGGGAGACGAACGCGCGAACGCGUGCGUCGAGGCGUGGGAAGAGGUGAACGAGAUCCGGGACGCGGCGAAUCGAGCGGGCGUGGGCGCGAUGGGUGGGAUGGAUUCGGGAGGGUGGGCGCGACGCGACGACGCGGAGGCGCGCGGCGACGACGCGACGCGGCGAGCCGAGGCGGCGGAGAUGCGAGCGCGUUUGAGAAAGGAUCCGCUCAUGGGAGCGCAGCCGUGCUCGCGGUUGGGUGAGUGUACCGUGGCGGAGGGCACGCUCGAGGCGCGCGGACGUUUCGCGCGGGCGUUCGACGAGGAAGAGGACGGGCGAAGCGCGGUGGAUCCAAAGCGAAUCGAAGAAGCGGUGCGGCGCGCGAUGAAAUUGUGCGCGAGCGGAUCAUCCGCCGAGUGCUCGCUCGCGUGGGAGGAGGUGGAGGAUCUUUCAAACUGGGGAGGUAAGCGUGGACGCACGGGGGAUUGA